GUUGGUAGCGUAGAGAUGACCGGGGGUAGUUGCGACUCGCGCCAGUGAGGAGGAAAUAAUCACAGUGUUACCUUCUCAUGAAUUAUUAAGUACUCUGUGCCUAUUUUAGUCCAGCUCGAAAUGCUGCAUUUCAUCAGUGGGUCUGAGUCUGUGUGCAAGGGUGUUUUUCUUUUGACAGCUGUAUUACUGCUGAUAAGCGAGACUGUGUGAGCUGAUCAAGUAGUGAGACAAGCGUUCGGAGCAGUAGCAGCACAGCAGCGCUCUAGUCACCAGGAGCUGUGGCGGCAGAAGCAGCAGCAGCACUAUCAGUCAUAGAAGAGGCAGCAGCGGCAGCAGCAGCAACAAACUCUGUCCUGUCUUUUUCUCUUCAUUCUGGGUGAGUUUCCUGCUUUGAGGGAAAAAGCCAAAGAAGAAGGAAGGAAGUCAUUCAGGGCUGAUAGCUGCCAUCAAAAACAAAAAAACCAAAACGCAGACCUGGCUGCCCCCAUGCCUAUCGAAUUUGUUUGUAAAAUCAAAUUUGCAGAGGAGGAUGAGAAGCAGAAAAGCAAGCAGGAUGGGGACAGGGAGAGUCUGAUCGAAGAGAGCUGCACACCUAAGGCUAAGGACUUGGCCGGGUUUGCUAACUCCUGCUCCCUUCAUGGGAUUAACCACAUCUUUGUCUCUGGUCGCUUGGGCAUCCGGCAGACUCUCUGGGCUCUUGCCUUUUUGACUUCACUGGCGCUGUUUCUGUACCAAGCGGCUAAAUGUGCCAUUUCUUACCUGGAGCACCCUCAUGUCACAGCUCUGAAUGAAGAGGCAACCCCAGAAAUGGUUUUCCCUGCUGUGACCAUCUGCAACAUCAACCGUUUUCGCUUUUCCGCGCUCACUGAUGCUGAUAUCUACCACCUGGCUAACUUGACAGGUCUGCCACCGAAAAACAAGGAUGGGCAUAAACCUACUGAUUUAAUGUAUCCUGCCCCUGACAUGCAGGACAUCUUCAACAGGACAGGACAUCAGUUAGAUGAGAUGCUCAUGAGCUGCAAUUUCAGUGGACAGAACUGUUCUGCUGAAGACUUCUCUGUGGUGUACACCAGAUACGGGAAAUGUUACACGUUUAAUGGUAACAAGACCACGUCCAGGAAAACCAAGCAGGGUGGAAUGGGGAACGGUUUGGAGAUAAUGUUGGAUAUCCAGCAGGAUGAGUAUUUGCCCAUCUGGAGAGAGACAAAUGAGACUUCCCUGGAGGCAGGUAUCCGAGUUCAGAUACACAGUCAGGACGAGCCUCCCUACAUCCACCAGCUGGGCUUUGGUGUCUCUCCGGGCUUCCAGACCUUUGUUUCAUGUCAGGAGCAGAGGCUGACCUACCUGCCCCAGCCCUGGGGGAACUGCCGCUCCACCAGCAAAGAAAAGUUCCCAGGAUACGACACAUACAGCAUCAGUGCCUGUCGUUUGCUGUGUGAAACCAACGAGGUGCUGCGAGUGUGCAGCUGCAGGAUGGUGCACAUGCCUGGAACAGCAGAUAUCUGCCCUCCCAGUAAAAUCACUUGCGUUGACAAAGCACUCGCACAGCUACAAAAGAACAGUGGGGAUACCUGCCCAUGCGAGACACCAUGUAAUCUCACCCGCUACGGUAAAGAGCUCUCCAUGGUCAAAAUCCCGAGCAAGGGCUCUGCUCGCUAUCUCUCUAGGAAGUACGACAAGUCGGAGGACUAUAUCAGGGACAACUUCCUCGUCUUAGAUAUUUUCUUUGAAGCUCUGAACUAUGAAACAAUUGAGCAAAAGAAAGCCUACGAUGUUGCAGGUUUAUUAGGUGACAUUGGUGGACAGAUGGGCUUAUUCAUUGGAGCAAGUAUCCUGACAAUUUUAGAAAUAAUGGAUUAUAUCUAUGAGAUGAUCAAGCACCGUCUUCAACGCCUGCUGAGGCCCCAAAAAGAGGAAAAAAAGAACAAGCAGCACACCAGCACUGUAGCAACUGUGGGUCUAGAGGAAAUGAAAGUAAAGGAUUCCAAAGACAUAACAAGGAGUCAGACAGAGGGGGCUUACGCCAACACAAUUCUCCCGAACCACCACCACCCUCACCCUCGCUCUAACCAACACCACGCCGGGCACCAUGGGGUGUUUGAGGACUUCGCUUGUUAGAGUCAACCAUUGUGUCUGGUCCUGGUGACAACAAAAGAUAGGAGCUGUCUGUGUUGAGAUCAAUGACAGACCUUUCACAUUUUUGUCUGUCAUUUGCUGUCACCAGUGAAAAGCUACAGCCAAAGUUGAACACCAAACUUGUGCUGCUAACAAAGCACUUGUCAUACAGUAUGUAGGCACAAAUUGGACACUGCUUUUACCUUCUUUUUUUGUUCCUCUUUUGAUGGGACUCCUCUCAACUGUAUCCAGCUACAGGUGACAGGCCAUGUGAUUUCAGGACAAGAUUUUGGUACAUGACCAUAAAAAAAGGAAACAAGAUGAGGAAUGCAUGUCACCUUGAUCCAGUUUAAAUUCCAAAAAGGGAAAGUAAACCUUAUUUAUUUAUCUAGAAUCCCUGAUUUGAUUUAUCUAUCUCCACUCAUUUAUCUCUCCUGGGACUGUUUUUUCUUCUUAAUGGAAAACACAGUGUACCGUAUCAAGCCAUUGCACAAUAUAAAUUAUGUAUAAUUUCAUGAGAUACUAUUAUCUAUAUGUUCUAUAUUGUAUUCAAGAUGAGAAUUCCUUAGUGAGCAAAUACUAGUCGUGUUACAUCCAUCCAAAAUGUGGGGGACUUUAUUUAGGCUGAACUGUUUGACCUUAGAAGAUUUAGCAGCAUCUUUCCACAUGAUACACUUUGUCUGGUUUGUGGUCAAGGUGUUAGAGCGUAGCAUUUUAUUGUACAUUAAGUCAAAUUUUAAAAUGAAAAAGUUUAAAAAUUUUGUUUCAAUGGUUGUUGCUUAUAUUAAGUUAAUAUAUAAAUAAUGGAAAAUUAAUUUUAGUCAUUUUUAUUUUUUAGAAAAUACUUUUAUAGGACAAUAACUAUCACAAUUGUAGCAAUUAUUGUACAUUUACAAUCUGCAGACUUGUUAGACUGCCAAGCAUCAAUAUACAUAUGUACAGUUAACAGAAAUGGACUGUGGUGUCAGAUUUUCCCAUGCAGAUGGAAAUAUCCUGUAUAGGGUUGUGCCAUGGAUGAUCUUUUCCUUCAGUCAUUUGAUUUCCAUUCACGAUCCACUCUUUACUUUGGUUGGCUUCAUGACUUUAAGCUGACAUAAGCAAUAAGAAACAGAAUUUUAUUUUUUGCGAAGUCAUCUUCUCCAGCUUGUGGACCAGUACUAUAAAAGUGUAGCGGUUAUUUACAGUAUAGACACCUCUGGGUAAGUGUGUGUGUGUGCGUGUGUGUGUGUGUGUGUGUGUGUGUGGUGUGGGGGGUUAUGUGUUUGCUUGUGAGUUUGCUUGCAUGUGCACUUUAACAUCUUGUACACACAACUAAGCACAUUAGCCUGACGCUACUCUGCUGAGCUGAGAAAUGGGGGAGAAAGAAAAAAAGAAGGUUUAAAAAUCAGAGUAGUUGACAACCAGAAGUUUAUUGCAGUAGUAAGGUAUCUAUUAGUAAAAUGGGCGGGGGAAAUAGCUCUAUUUUCAGUCCCAAACUUGUCCAAAGGAGUAAACAUUUUAAAUGACUCCCUGAGGUUCAAGUAUAUAAUUCUGAAGGCAAAAACAACUAAAAAGAGCACAACAUGGAAAAGCUGAAAUCAAGUAAAAAAAGAAGACAUCAAUUCAUUCUUUAUUGUGUCGUUUUCAUGGAAGGUCAGCUUGCUCACUUGCCCUUUUGCACUGUAAGAAAUUAACUAUCUUUAACCUUUGGCUUCACAUGACCUGAUCUUUAAUGGACUUGUGAGGCUGUGGUAUACAGUUUCAUCCCUCACAAAUUGAGACAUUUUAGAUUUACACUGUUGAAUAUGACAUAUAACUUUACUGUGGUUUUUGUGUUUAGAGCAGGAAGGUUAAGGGGGACUGACAACGAUCAAGAAAGAAGUGCAGAAAUUGAUUUUCAUUAUUCCUCCAGGGCAGUACAAGAGCAGAAGCAAGUCAGUCUGUGUUAAGUUAUUAUAUCAUAAUUUAUUUUUUUUAUCGCCCAAUCAAGUUAAAUUUGGCACAUGCAAUCAUGUUACAUACAAUCAAAGUACGGUUAACCCCAUCAUUUCCCCUUAAGCACUAAGAUAAGUUAAAAUUAGAAAGAAAUCUGAUAUGUCUUUGAAGCAGAAUCUUUCAGUUGUUUCAUUUCUAUUUAUUCCCUACACUGACUGUGUGUCAAUGCAGAAUAACAGCUACCUGAACUACCUGUUUGUUCAAAGGUUCACCCACCCAGACAUUUGUAUAAACCAUCCAUUUUUUCAUUGUUCUGCUCUGUUUAAAAUACAUUUAUUGCUCAGUAUAUGAGCAGGAGUAAAAUGACACUUGCCAGUGC